AUAAUUCCAAGAGUGAUAAUUCUCCAUUGUUCAGUAAUUUUACCCAGGUGUUUGCAAUGUAAGUUUCUGUAAGGGUAACUGCGAAAAAAGCAAGUUUAUGAAUGUUUUAUUUAAAGUAGUGGUAACAUGAGUAUCCAGUUUUUUAUAAGAGAUGCUGAACAAAGACACUCUAUAUAAUUAAUGCGCUGCUCAAUGGACAAGUCCAAGUGAAGUUCAAGUUCCAAACGACCACCAGAGACCCCUAGCGACCAAACAAGGCCUUCCGAACAACUUAGAGCUAAUUAACAUAUGUUUGAACUUUAUGAGAGAAGUAGUGAAUAAGAACCCCUGGAGAAUAUGAUGUGCUGAUUGUGUAUGCAAGUGACGCUGCUGAAUGGUGUCAGUACCUCCAGAACCUCUUCCUCUUUACUCGGCACAUUCGAAAGCAUCGGAUUCUGACCUACCAACUGGAAGGCGAGUCUGCCAUUUCCCCCCAGGAGCUGGACCUGUUCAGCAGAAGUCGGAGCAUCAUCCUUUUGCUUUCUGCAGAGCUUGUGCACAGUUUUUAUCUUCCUCACGUCCUGCAGAGCCUUCAGGAAGCUUUAUGGCCCCCGUGCAAAGUAGUCAAGCUGUUCUGUGGUGUUACGGACUGUGACGACUAUUUGACCUUUUUUAAGGACUGGUCUCAGUGGCAGGAACUCACAAAUGAUGAUGAGCCUGAUGCUUACCUUGCAGCUGUCAAGAAGGCUAUUUCAGAAGACUCCGGCUGUGACUCUGUGACUGAUACAGAAACAGAAGAGGAGAAGAAUCCAGCUCACUUCCAUAAACUUGCCAUGAGUGAAGAACACAGAUCAUCCAAGAGCACUGGGGACCACCCAGUGGUGCAGCCUGACCGCAUACAAUGUGGGGUGCAGACAACAGUUUAUAUUAUCAUGAAAUGUAAACUAGAUGGUGAAAUGAAAACUGAAGUUGAAUUCUCUCCAGAGAAUGCAUCCUCUGUGCGUGUGCUGGCCAAGAUGGAGAAUGAGUACACAAUCUCUCUGAAGGCUCCAAAUUUAACCUCUGGGACAGUGCCUCUGCAGAUAUAUUCAGGGGACUUGAUGGUGGGAGAAACGAGUGUCGUUUACCACACGGACAUGGAGGAAAUCAGCAGACUUUUGGCUAAUGCAGCCAACCCUGUACAGUUCAUGUGCCAGGCCUUUAAAAUCGUGCCAUACAGCAUAGAAGCACUGGACAAACUGUUGACUGAGUCACUCAAGAAGAACAUUCCUGCCAGUGGUUUACACCUGUUUGGAAUCAACCAGCUGGAAGAAGAAGAUAUGACAGCAAAUCAGAGGGAUGAGGAGUUGCCAACACUGCUUCACUUCUCUGCAAGAUAUGGGCUGAAGAACCUCACUGCCUUGCUGCUUACAUGCCCUGGAGCGCUGCAGGCCUACAGUGUAGCCAACAAGUAUGGCCACUACCCAAACACCAUAGCAGAAAAGCAUGGCUUUAAGGAUCUCCGCCAGUUCAUUGAUGAAUAUGUGGAAACUGCAGAUAUGCUGAAGAGUCACAUUAAGGAAGAGCUGAUGCAAGGCGAGGAGGAUGAGUCUAUUUAUGAGUCCAUGGCUCAUCUGUCCACAGAUCUGUUAAUGAAGUGUUCCUUGAAUCCUGGCUCUGAUGAAGAGCUUUAUGAAUCCAUGGCUGGAUUUGUCCCUGGUGCUCCAGAAGAUCUUUAUGUAGAGAUGCUUCAGUCCAAACCAGACACUCCAGUUGCUGGAGAUGAAGUUUCUUUAACUACAAAAGACUCCAUGCUCCGCAGGUUUUUAGAAGGUGGUAGCAUGGAUGUGCCAGAUUCAGAGGAAGUUUACGAGCCAUGUGGUGAAGAUGUAUACUACCCAGUGGAACAAGAUACUUUUCCACAGGAAAUGGCUAACAGACCUCCAGUCCCUGUUCCAAGACCAGAGUCUAGUUCUCCACAGCCAGACAAUGAGCUGUACAUCUCCAAAAUUUUUGCACAGAAAGCUCAAAGACCUGAGAAUCUUUAUGUCCCUAGAGGAAGGAUUAAGAAAGAGACAAUAGUCAGGCCUGUAAGGGACCUGUCUCAAUCAAGCAUAUAUGAUCCAUUUGCCGGAAUGAAAACCCCAGGCCAACGGCAGCUGAUUACAUUACAGGAGCAAGUGAAAAUGGGCAUACUCACUGUGGAUGAAGCUGUACUUCAUUUUAAGGAGUGGCAACUGAAUCAGAAAAAGAGAUCAGAAUCAUUCCGGUUCCAGCAGGAAAAUCUGAAACGUCUACGAGACAGCAUAACCAGAAGGCAAAUGGAGAAGCAAAAAAAAGACAAAAGUGCAGAUUUAGAAAUUACAGUACCCAUUCGACGUUCUCAUAAUACUUUGGGGAGACCGGAAUGUGGAAUAUAUGAAUACACCCCCAGGAAAAACGUUUUUCCACCAAAAAAGGAGUUAAAGCGAGGAGAUUGGAAAACAGAAAGCACAUCCAGCACAACAAGUAGUGCAAGUAACCGCUCCAGCACUCGGAGCAUACUGAGUGUCAGCAGUGGGAUGGAAGGGGACAGUGAGGACAAUGAAGUCCCAGAAACAACUAGAAGCCGCAGCCCAGUUGCCCACCAAGCAGAGAGGCUGCCUUUCCCAGAAAGGCCUCCCAGAGUGCCUCCUCGAGGUGCAAGCAGGCCUGUAAGCUGUGAAGACUUUUAUCCUCCACCUGUACCACCAAGAGGUCGCUGAAUUUCUCAACAUCUCUGGAAUAUGAGAUUUUUUUCUGUUUA